AUGACAAUGAGUUUGGUCAAGAGUGCCAGUGCAUGGUUCACCCAGAGGAGGAGGAAGUUCCAUUGCACCACCCAGCGCUGCUUUAUUCCAUUCCUAAACUUGAGCAUUUUCGCGCCCGUCCCUGAUGGCACAAAGAGCUACCGCGGUUCCCUCUGGGAUGCCGAUGGUGCACUUGCCCUCUUCCAUCAGCCACGUGACAGUUUUUGCUUCCCCCAUGAUUCUUCCUUUCGCCCCUCUCUGCCCCCUUUGCCCCACCCCCCUGCUUCCCUCCUGCCUAUACACUGCCCGCCCUCUCCCUGUGCUUCCCCACCGCAGCUGCCCUCCUCUGCCUAG